CAACACAAGAACAGAGACAUUGCUUUGAUUAAAUUAGCCGAAAAUGUCAACUUUACCAAUUUCAUUCGUCCUUUGCUUGCCAGACAACGACCAAUACAAUUUCACUAAACUUUUUUUGCAUAUGUGCAAAAAAGAGUCCAAAACUUCGGCCGUAAGCACAGUGAUUGCAUCACCACUGUCACCACAAGAUUGUGAUAUUAUGUUCCGAAGGAAAAAAGCCACAAUCACCGCGGAAGAGUUUUGUGCAUGGGAUGAGACUGGUGAUUCGUGCUCAGGCGAUUUGGGUGGUCCACUAACUGCAAUCGAUAACGGGAGAUACAGCGUUAUUGGGCUAAAUUCACAUAUUAACACAAGGGUGAAAUUUAAUUACGGCGACUAUCCAGGCAUUUAUCUACGAGUCGGAUCGCAUCUAUCGUGGAUCAGAAAAGUUACAAGUUUGAGUAAUUAACAAAAACGAAACCAAUAAA